CGGGUUUCGUAGCGUUGGGUUUGCUGAAGUCCUAUAGCACGAACGGCCUUGCAAGAUCUGCUUUGAGGAAAGUUUAAAAACGGGUCAUUUUAGUAUGUCAGUUGCGCCUUGUUACUGUCUGUUUAAUAUUUCUGUUUUUUUACGUAGACUGAAAGAUUUGACAGCUCGAAUCGCUUCCAGUGUGCCCUGCCUGCAAGUGGAUAACAUGAAACUGAUUACGAUUAGUUAACGUUACUUAGUUGCCAGUUUUGCUUCGUAACCGGUCAGUUAGUCUGAUAUUGCUGGAGGAUUCUUUUUGUUGAACUUAUUUCUUUCAAUGCCGUUACAGAGACGAAUCGCUCAGUAGCAAAAGAGCCUCUGUGGCGCAGAUAAAGAGAACUGGUGAGAUUGGGGCGACGGUCGGCGAUCUCGGCGAAGCACCAAGAUGCCCAUACCUCCUCCCCCGCCCCCUCCGCCCGGACCGCCUCCUGCCCCUGCCUUUAGUCAGGCAAACACCAACCCACCCAAACUGUCUCGAGAUGAAACGAAAGGAAGAGAUGCUCUUUUGUCAGAUAUAUGCAAAGGGACCAGGCUGAAGAAGGUCACCGUCAUUAAUGACAGAAGUGCUCCCAUUCUUGAGAAAUCUGGAGGUGGAGGAGGUGGAGGCAGCAGUGCUGGGGGCUUUGGGGGCAGUUCUGGGUCUAAGCCAAUGGGAGGCCUGUUUAGUGGAGGAGUGCCCAAACUGCGGCCAGUGGGAGAUGGCACCGCCGGCAGAUCGGCACUGCGGCCGCCCGGUUCCCGUCCUGCAGUGCCGCGCACUCCCAGCAGCACUAGCAGUCCCGUGGGCCGCCAAGCCGACGAGGAGCGUCCUGCAGCCCUUGAGCCGUCUCGUAAUACCCGCCCCUCCUUGCCUGACGCAUCUAAACCAGCCAGUGCGUCUUCGAAGCCCGGCAGCUCUGCUCCUCCCCCGCCUCCACCUUUUAAUCGCCGUGGCAACAGUGGCCCUCCAGCUUCCCAGCAGAAGGUCACUGGCCCGUCCCUUAGUCGUGAGAAGCCUCUGCCUCCACCGCACGCAAGCAAGGGUCCCCCUCCCUCGUCAUCUGCACGCGAUGCUCCCUCGAAAAACUCUCGCCCUCCACCUGUAUCUUCAGCUGUGCCUCCACCCCCACCACCCUACCGACAGCCCCCUCCAAUCACUAAUGGUGACCCACCCCCAGAGCUGCCACAGAGGCGUAAUUCGCUGAACCGGAGGACCCAUGUUGCGGGCAACACUCGCAGCCAAGCCCCUCCCCCGCCCCCUCCGCCGGCCGCCCAGCAGAGCGGCCGACCUCCGCCACCGGCUCGGGAGCCUCCGGGACGCAGAUUAGCCCCCCAGGUUCCCCCAACCGGAUCUCGGAAUGGCAUCCGAGAUGCUCCUCCUCCGCCGCCUCCCCCAUACCGUAUGCACAGUGGCACCUCACAGACCUCCUCAGAGCCACCUGGCCGAGGAAGGCCUCCACCACUCGCAUCCUCCGGUCGUCAAGUCUCAGGACACGCUCCUCCACCCCCACCUGUCCGCAACGGGCACGCCACUGGCUCCAGGGCUUAUUCUGAUGAUUUUGAGUCCAGGUACUCCUUCCAUCCUGUGGAGGACCUGCCCCCACCAGAAGAGUACAAGCAGAUCACAAAGAUCUAUCCCAGUAAAUCCAGUAGAGCUGUAAUGCGAGGGGCUCCCCCUCUGCCACCUGUUGGGAGGUGAACUGCACUCUGAGUGGAAAAUAAAUGUAAUCCAACUACACACAUGCACACGUAAGAAGACACUAAUUCAGCGGUAUGCAAACGCAACCAGAAGCUGACUUUAGCACAGAGAAUUAAACAUGGGAUCUUUGCAUUUACCUGAUAGAAGUAUUAUCAGGUCAAGAGCAUUGUUGGGCCUUAGGAACCAUUUUUUAUUAAUAUAACAGAGAGGUUGUCCAAACUUUUGCACAUACUAUAUACAUGUCUUUAAUUAUUUUGUAAAAAUGGAAAUAAAUAGUAACUAUGUAUGAAAACUAAAGCAUAACAUUUUGACAGGGAUACUCACACCUUUGCAUAUAACUGAAUAACCAGCUAGAUCAUUUGAAUAAUUUUCUCCAAGCUGCUGCAGCCCCAUGCACCUCUAGACCCGAGACACUGUGUUGUGGCAUGACCUUGAUCAGCAAAGAAAAAAUGUAUACAUUGUGCCUAUAGGGAGCUGUGUGGUUGACACCUCCAGGUGACCAAAAAACGUGCUACAUGUGCAUUCCAGCUUCUCUGUGACUGGCCACAGGGUAUCUACUAAACCAGACCGUUAGCACUUGUUGAUCAUCGGUAGCCCUAUAAGAGGGGCAGGAGAAACAUAAAGCGGCAUUAAUUGCAUAAUGAUGAGAGAGGAUUAUAUUUUUGUUCUCCAUUAUGGGAUGUUUUCCCUAAAAUGGGAGGAAAUGUGUCUAGAUAUUGGACAAGAUCAUAUGAGUUUAAGUGAUUUAUUAUUAUUAUUUUUUUGUUGCCAAAAUGAUGAAGUUGUUAAAUUCUUUACUUGGUAGAAUCAUUUAUUGCAUUUGGACAAGGUCGUUGUUUUUCUGAAUAUGAACAUCUGAGCAACUUUCCAGUAAAUCCUUUUUUUCAAAUUAUUUGUUACCUUUGCUGUGAAUUGCAAAAACUGACGCUACUUUUGUCUGUGAAAUUUGAAACCAUAAAACUUGCCAGAUUUUAAAUUGGCUUACAUACUUAAAACUGACAGAGAACACUAAUUGCUACUAAGCACAUAAUGUCUGCAGUAGGCUCUGUCGUGUAUUUUAAGGGCCUGUUCUUGGAUAUGUGACAAACUGUUGAAGAAGCUGCACUUGAAGACUCUAAUUUCCUUAUAAAUUGCUUUAGCGUUCUGCCAAACAUUUGCCUUUUCCAUUCUGUCACGUUUGACUUGUACCAGUAGAUAGAACCUCAGUUUGUUAAUGGAGAAUUUUAAUUGUAACAAUGUAUAUUACACUAUAUGAAACGUAGUAAAUGUUUCUAUUGUAAAGUUUGUAAUAUAGAGAAUUAAAUACUGAAAAUGUAACAUUAAAUCGUUUUUCAGGAGACACCUUUUCUUACCAUAAACGUUUAUCUGGAUGUAGGCGGUAAAUGGCCAGAUGGGAGUCCGCUCAACUUUGUUUGGCCAGAUGUAAUUUUAUAUAACGGUUUGAUAGUCAGUUUUCCUGAGCCGCCGGGUCUUCACAUUGAAUCUGUAGGCGGAUGUGUGUACUGUCAUGUUAAAACUGAAAUAAAAGGUUAUGGGAAGUU